AUGAAGAGUUUUCAUCGAUGGACCAACAGAUCAUUUGAUGAUUUGCUUGGUUUAUUAAGGGAGCUUAUUCCAAAUGGAAAGCAAAAUUUGCCAAAAUCAUACAGUAGUGCUCGAAAGUACGUUAGUGGUCUAGGCCUUCACUAUGAGAAGUAUGAUGUUUGUCAUAAUCAUUGUACAUUAUAUUGGGGAUCAUUUGCCAAUGCAACAUCAUGUCAAAUAUGUGGGUUAUCUAGGUGGAAGUCUGAUGAAGGGAAAAGCAAGAGGAAAAAAACUCCAUAUAAAGUGCUACGAUACUUCCCUUUAAAACCAAGGUUGCAGAAGUUGUUUAUGUCUAGUCAAGUAGCAUCCGAUAUGCGAUGGCAUAAGGAAAAAAGGAUAAAUGAUGGAAUUAUGAGGCACCCUGCUGAUAGUCUUGCAUGGAAGUCUUUUGAUGAACAACAUGGCUCAUUUGCAAGUGAUGCUCGUAAUGUUAGACUCGGAUUGGCAACUGAUGGUUUCCAGCCUUUUGGAAAUAUGAGCUCCCAACAUAGCAUUUGGCCUGUAAUUCUUAUACCCUAUAACUUACCCCCCUGGAUUUGUAUGAAGCAGACCAAUUUGAUAAUUUCAAUGAUUAUUCCAGGGGAGCAUAGUCCAGGAAUGGGUAUAGAUAUUUUUUUGCAGCCUUUAAUUGCUGAAUUAAAAGAGUUGUGGGAGGUUGGUGUGGAGACUUAUGAUGCACAUAGCAAAAAGAACUUCACAUUGCAUGCAUCCAUUAUUUGGACAAUAAGUGAUUUUCCAGCUUAUGGAGAUUUAUCAGGGUGGUCAACAAAAGGUUACAAGGCUUGUCCUGCUUGCCAUAAAUAUACUAGUGCAAAACACCUUGCUUGUUCAAAGAAAAUGUGCUAUAUGGAUCAUAGAAGGUUUUUGCCUCCUAGUCAUAAAUGGCGUAAGGACACUAAGUCCUGCAAUGGCUUUAGAGAGAUAAGAGCAAUUCCAAAACCACUGUCAGGUGAUGAGGUGUUAAUGGAGCUUGAAACUUUCACUCAAAUGCCAUUUAAUAGAGGUAUCAAAAGGAAGUAUGAUGCUUCAAAUAGUUUCGAGAAUUGGAGGAAGAAGAGUAUCUUUUUUCAGUUACCCUAUUGGAAGACACUUCUUAUUCGGCAUAAUCUGGAUGUGAUGCACAUUGAAAAGAAUGUGUGUGAUAAUGUGUUAGAAACUAUAAUGAACAUCAAAGGAAAGACGAAAGAUAAUUUGAAUAGCCGUUAUGAUUUGGUGAGUAUGGGCAUUAGACACGAGCUUCACCCAAUUGUGAAUGGAAAUAAUGUUUGUGUCCCAAUGGCACAAUAUGUGCUUUCUAAUCAUGAAAAGGAAGUCUUAUGUAAGAUGUUGGCUAAUCUGAAGACUCCAGAUGGUUAUUUGUCAAAAAUAUCCAGGUGUGUUAAUGUAAAGGAACGUAAGAUUUCUGGAAUGAAAAGUCAUGAUUGCCAUGUAUUCAUACAACGACUUCUUCCUCUUGCAAUUCGAGGUUUCCUUCCUAAAAAUAUUACUAAGCCACUUAUUCAGUUAAGUGCCUUCUUUCGAGAUAUAUGCAGUAAGAGUUUAGAUAGUUCUCAAUUGGAUGACAUCGAGAAGCAAAUUGUCUUGACAUUAUGCAAAUUAGAGAUGAUUUUUCCUCCAUCUUUUUUUGACAUUAUGGUGCAUUUAGUUGUACACUUACCAGGUGAGGCCAAGAUUGCUGGACCUGUUCAAUACAGAUGGAUGUACCCAAUUGAGAGAUAUUUGCAUAAAUUAAAAUUAUAUGUUCGGAAUAAGGCAAAGCCAGAAGGAUCAAUUGCUGAAGCUUACAUUGCUGAUGAGUGCUUAACUUUCUGUUCAAGAUAUUUGGUAGGAAUUGACACCAUCUUUAAUCAGCUCCCACGAAAUGAUGAUGGCUUUGAUCAGAAUGGUUGCAAUGAUGGGUUGGGAAUUGUUAGAAGAUCUGAGCGACCAUUAGGAAGAGGUGAGUAUCACUUGCUCACUGAUGAUUGGAAGCAGAAGGCACAUCUUUACAUUCUUAAUAACUGUGAAGAAGUUUGGCCUUAUGUUGAGAAACAUAAAGGUUCAUUGCCUAAUAUGAGUCAUCGGGAAUUGAUGAGACGUUAUAAUUCAGAAUUCCCAAACUGGUUCUUUAAUCAUGUGGUUGAGUUACAUGCGCAAGGAGCAAUUUCUGAUGACUUACUCCAUUUAGCUGAAGGUCCUUUAACAUGCUAUAAGUGUUAUACUGGUUAUAUUGUGAAUGAGUUUCACUUUCAUACUUUAGAUCGUCAGAAAAUCAGACAAAGUCAAAACUUUGGUGUCAUGUCCAGGGGUGACAAUAAUUGUCCUAACAAAGAGUAUUAUGGAACUUUGAUGGAUGUGUGGGAGCUACAAUACUCAGCAAGGAAUCAAAUUUCAUUAUUUAAAUGUGAAUGGUUUGAUGUGCGAUAUAAACAGACUGGUUACAUAGUAGAUAAUUACUCAAUCACAAGUGUCAAAGCCAAUGCUCGAUUAAGUACAGAGGAGCCUUUUAUUUUGGCUUGUCAAGCUGAGCAAGUCUUUUAUGUUGAGGAUCCAAAAAAUCCAAAUUGGCUUGUUGUAAUGAAAACUCAUCCUCGAGAUCUUUAUAACAUGCCUAUUGAAUUACAGGAUGAUGUUUGUGAAAUUGCUGAUGAUAAUGAGGUUUACCAAGAAGAGGAAAAUGACAUGCAUGGUCGUCCAACAAGACCGUUAGACAAUGAUGAUGAUAUUGUUGACUUGAAUAGGGUUGAUGUUGAUCCUGAAGAAGUUCCUAUUCAAACAGCUCAAGAAAUUCAAGAACGAAUUGAACAAGAUGAUGAGGAACAUAAUCAAGAAUUAAAUAUAGAUGUUAGUGAAGAUGAAUUUGGAGAUGAUAAUAAUGAAUUUGAAGAAGAAGAAGAUGAUGAUUAA